GGCGCACAUAUCUGAGGAAGAAACGGUGACGUCAUUUUCUUAUCAUUUCUCGUGAGUGGUCUUUUCGCAGCGGUCGAUUGUUUGAGUCGCUCGUCUUUUGUUCUAUCUAUCGAACGGUCUGGUUCACGUUACGGUUUUUGGUAGCCGCGAAUCGUUUUGAUAUCAGAUCCAACAUGCAAAUCUUUGUGAAGACCCUCACAGGCAAGACUAUCACCCUUGAGGUUGAAGCUUCUGACACAAUAGAGAAUGUGAAAGCUAAGAUCCAAGACAAAGAGGGAAUUCCUCCAGAUCAACAGCGUUUGAUCUUUGCUGGCAAGCAGCUGGAAGAUGGCAGAACUCUUUCUGAUUACAACAUUCAGAAGGAAUCCACACUCCAUCUAGUUCUGCGUCUUCGAGGAGGAAUGCAAAUUUUUGUGAAGACCCUCACAGGCAAGACCAUCACCUUAGAGGUUGAAGCUUCAGACACAAUAGAGAAUGUGAAAGCCAAGAUCCAAGACAAAGAAGGAAUUCCUCCAGAUCAGCAGCGUUUGAUCUUUGCUGGCAAGCAGCUGGAAGAUGGCAGAACUCUUUCUGAUUACAACAUUCAGAAGGAAUCCACACUCCAUCUAGUUCUGCGUCUUCGAGGAGGAAUGCAAAUUUUUGUGAAGACCCUCACAGGCAAGACCAUCACCUUAGAGGUUGAAGCUUCAGACACAAUAGAGAAUGUGAAAGCCAAGAUCCAAGACAAAGAAGGAAUUCCUCCAGAUCAGCAGCGUUUGAUCUUUGCUGGCAAGCAGCUGGAAGAUGGCAGAACUCUUUCUGAUUACAACAUUCAGAAGGAAUCCACACUCCAUCUAGUUCUGCGUCUUCGAGGAGGAAUGCAAAUUUUUGUGAAGACCCUCACAGGCAAGACCAUCACCCUCGAAGUUGAAGCUUCAGACACGAUAGAGAAUGUGAAAGCUAAGAUCCAAGAUAAAGAGGGAAUUCCCCCAGAUCAGCAGCGUUUGAUCUUUGCUGGCAAGCAGCUGGAAGAUGGCAGAACUCUUUCUGAUUACAACAUUCAGAAAGAAUCCACACUCCAUUUGGUUCUGCGUCUUCGAGGAGGCGAACGUCCUUAAACUGAAGUUUAAGGGAGAACUCUUACUAGUACCUAUGUAGUAAAUUAGAUAAUCUCUGUAGUAACAGAAAAUUUUUGUUUUUUUUUUUUUAUUUUUAAUUUAUACUUAAAAUCUACAUUCACACAUGUACUUCUUAAAAUUUUGUUUCUAAAAUUAUUGUUCAUUAUAGGAACGACAAGUGCGACAAGAAUCUAGAAAGUUGUAAUCCAUGCAGAUAUAAAAACCGUAUGUAUUCUUGUAUAGCACUGAAACAUUAAAUAUCGUAUCCGAAA